AUGGCGGGAAUUCUUCGGAAUACCAUCGUCGUGGCCAUGGGCGCGGGGGCGCUAGGCGGGCCGGACGCGUUGCGGCUCUUGGUCGCCUUCGCCGGGCGGAGCCCCGCCGUCGAUAUCGCCAUCGUCGUCUUCGUAAUCGCGGCGGUCACCGCGCCCGCCCUCGGCACCGUGCUUCUCGCCCGCUUCUUCCGCAAGGCGCGCGCUGGGGGCGGCGCGGGACGCCGCGCGACGUGGCCGACGGUCGCUGACCCCUUCGCCAAGAUGACGCAGGCGGUGUCCCUGGCCGUGGCCGUCCUCGUCUCCGACUCCCUGCUCCUCCUGCCGCCGUUCCAGUCCGGUGACCUCGGCCCCCUCCGCUUCCUUCUCGCCUUCGCUGGAGCCGCGCUCGUCUUCGGCGCCAGCGCCGCGCGCGUCCGCACCGUGCUUCUCCCGAAUGGGCACGGCGCCGCCCACGCCACGGAGCGCUCCAUCAAGGCGACCCUGCUAGUGUCCCCUGCCGGCGUCUGCUUCCUCCUCGUCCCUUCCGUUGCAGUUGGCAUCCUCGACGCGCCGGCGCAGCGCCUCCUCGCCUUCACCUCCAAGAACCCACUCGCCACCGUGCCCGUCGGCGUCGCUGCCGCCACCGUCAUCAGCGCCACGCUUCUGGCCCUUUUCUUCUGCAAGGCGCAAAUUCCACUCCAGUACAACUCUAAAGAAUAG